AUGCAGACCAUCCUUGCUAACUCCUCAGAUAGCAACCAGAUCAAAUGGGAUCGUUUGAAGGGCUACAUCCGGAAAUUGACCAAAGCUUACUGCAGCAACCGUGCCUCCUGGAGGAAACAGCGUCUCAAGGAUCUUCAAAGCUCUCGGAUUCAGCUCAUCCGCCAGUUGAAAGAUGAUCAGGAGGCUUUGCAGAAGGAACUACCCAAGAUUGAACAACCUAUAGCCCGUCUGGAGCACGAGAUGGCUCUCAAUGCCACACUCAAGGCUGGUAGGCUCUGGUUAGACAACAAUGAGAACUCGGUAGGCUUCUUGAAGCAGACUGGUGAACGGUGUCUUGCACAAAGGAAUAUGGAAACCAUCACGCAUCCCACAUCUGAAGUCCCUUGCUCUACCACUGCGGAUAAGCUGGAGGCGGUUCAUGCUUACUAUGAUGUGCUGUACUCUCCCGAGCCAACUCAUCGUUACUCUAUGGACAAGUUGCUCAGAGGUAUCCAGAAUACAAUUUCCGUGGACGAUGCUGAAUUCAUUAUCUCAUCUAUUGACAUGGAUGAUAUUCUGAGAUCUGCUACUCGUUGCCCCAAGGUCAGUAGCCCAGGCAGAGAUGGACUCCCUUAUCCCAUUCUUCGUCUGAUAUUGGCUCACCCUGACUGCAAGGAUCUCGUGCUUGCUGUGUACAAUGACGCUCUCAAUCUUGGUGUGUUCCCACCCUCUUGGCAGGAAACUUGUAUAGUGCUCUUACCAAAGAAGGGAGAUUUGUGGAAUCUAGCGAACUGGCGUCCGAUCUCACUGAUCAACACUGACUGCAAAGUCUUUACCAGGAUUCUAAACUCACGGGUCAUUGGCGCGGCCAACAAAGUCAUCUCUCGACAUCAAGCCGGCUUCAUGCCUACGAGAUUCAUUGGUGAUCAUGGUCUAGCUCUGCGAAUUCUCAUGGAGGACGCUCAAUUGCACUCAAAUCGUGCAGUGGGUGUUGCCAUUGACAGCGCCAAGGCUUGCGACUAUGUGAACGAACACUAUAUCUGUAAGGUGCUACAGAAGUUUGGUUUUCCUUCAACCUUUAUCACCAUCAUCCGCAAUCUCUUCUUCCAGAACAAGAUUGCCAUCAACGUCAAUGGCUUCAUGACCAAAUCUGUUUCUCAAAAGCGUGGUUUAAGACAAGGGGACUCCAUCUCUCCGGUUCUCUUCAACUUUGCGCUGGAACCCCUUCUCUUGGCUAUUCUGAAUGAUGAAAAGAUCAAAGGUUAUGUCGUGCAUACCAAGGCUGCAAAAACUUCUUCUCUGCAAAUGGUGGCUCCCCCUCCUCUCAAGUUAUUAGCGUAUGCUGAUGAUCUGCUGGUCAUAGUCAACAACCAUGAGGAGAUGCAGGCAAUCCAAGACCACCUCCCUAGCUACGGCCGAGCUUCCAAUGCGCGGGUGAACUACCACAAGUCAGUCGCCUUCCCUCUUGCAGGUGAUCGGUCCCCAGUACGUCUGGAGCUGUUUCGUCUCGCUGGCCGACUUCGAUUCCAAUGGUAUGAUUCGGACAGCCCAUCCUAUAUCAAAUACCUUGGCUAUCCAAUUUGGUUUAGCAACGCCCAACGUGAUGAUUUCUGCCAGGAAACUAUCCUGAAGCUGCAGGUCUCCUUGGACAGGCACAGAACACGAAGCAUUUCGGUGUAUGGUCGUGCCAAAAUGGUCAACACGCUCGUCCUUGCUCGCUUCUGGCAUAUGCUGCGUGUCACUACUCUGCUUCUCGCUUUCGUCAGGAAGAUCUCUUCUUUGGCGUAUCAAUUUGUUUGCCACAAAAUUGUCCCUCCCUUGAAGAAAACUGUCAUUUACCUGCCCAAGCAAGUUGGUGGCCUCGGAGUCAUUGACAUCACGGUCCAGCAACACAUCCUGCAACAACGAUAUGUUCGUGUCUUGCUCUCGGAUAACCAGGCCUCUCGCACAAUUCCUGCUUUCCUUUUGCAACUGCUCGGCACGUUCAUACAGGUUACGUAUGGGGUUGCCCACCCUCACUUACCUUUGUUGUUUCGCAACAUGCGAUAUGGCUUCUCCUUGACUGGCUUCCACUGCCUGCUCCUGAUCUUCCGUUCGGUUGAUGCUUUCGCUGUGGAACCGUCUUGGACCGACUGCACUUUGUCGGUGGAUACCAUGUUGCAGCUACCGAUUAAUGUAUUGUUCGGCCCGACAGCUACCGAUAUCGGUUUCCUAUACCACAAACAGAUUCGUAUGCUGCCUGCCCAUGUCUUCUUAGAGCCUAGUCGUCUCCCGGAUGCGUUGGUGUUCAAACCAAGAACUACUAGUUCCAGCCCUGGUCUUCUUUCCAGAAUGACCACGGCCGUCCGUGCCACCACCAUCCAAUUUUUGCCUACCUUGUGCCCUGUUUUCCUUGCUCCUCCUGCUGGCCCUGAGCCAUUACUUGUCACCGGUGGAGGUGUUGAUCUGUCGCCCUACUAUUGUCACAAGCUCUUCUACCAAGGUAUUCAGAUUCUGUCCAUGUCUAAUACCGAGCUUCGUGCAAUGUACAUGCGCGAUCACCCUCCAAUAACCGACCCUCGGGUGGAUGUAAAUCGACUCACUAUGGCCUCUUUUCUUCAAACGAAAAUGCCUAGUGCAGCUCGUAAUCUUUGGUUCCGGUUGAUCCAUAAUAAGGUCUCAUCCAAAGUUAAUGUUAGUCCCAUCUUUAAGCUCCCAGAUGACUUAUGUGUGUACUGUGGCUAUCGAGAGACAACAACUCACAUGCUGUUUACCUGUUCUGCCAACUUGGAAAUUUGGUCCAAUUACUUUGCUCUGAUCUUCGUGCCUCUGGGGUCACUCGACAUGAGCCAAGUUGCCCAUGAUGUCCUGUCCCUCAACCUCUCCUCGUACUGUCUCUUGGACUCGCCUCUCAAGGUCUCCAUCUUUGAAGCAGUAACAUGUGUUUUAAUAGCCAUCUGGCGUGCCAAGUGGCGUGAUCAUUAUGAUAACGUUGGCUUUGACAACCAGUCUGUAGUGGACCGUGCCACGACCAACUUGAGACAAAUAUCGUCUCUAAAUCUAUUCAAAUAA